AGAUCCACGAGGAAUUUUAAGAGCUGCUUAAUUUACGAUGCUUUGGGGAGACAGUCAACGAUGAUUUGUAAGAUAAACAAAACGACAAUAAUAUCAAAAUCACUGAGACACGAAGAAAACUCAUGAGAACCAAACGUAAGUCUGCAAGAGAAGUGCUAGUGGAUCUUCAGGGCUCUGAUCUGUGGAGGACAUUUCAUGAAAUCGGCACGGAGAUGAUCAUCACCAAGACUGGGAGAAUGUUCCCCUCUAUCCGAGUGAAAGUACACAAUCUGGAUCCAUUUCAGCAAUAUUAUAUCGCCAUGGACAUCAUGCCUGUGGAUUCCAAACGAUAUAGGUAUGUGUAUCACAGCUCACAAUGGAUUGUGGCUGGAAACACAGAUCAUUCUCUUAUCGCCACCCGUUUGUACAUACAUCCAGACUCGCCAUGUUCAGGAGAGAAGUGGAUGAAACAGGUGAUCAGCUUUGACCGUGUUAAACUCACCAACAAUGAAAGAGAUGAGAGUGGCAAUAUCAUCCUGCAGUCCAUGAACAAGUACAAGCCACGCAUACACAUUACUAUGCACAGCCAUCACAUCGACCUGUCACAGAUGCAUCCAUCACUGCCAGCAGAAGGCGUGCACACUUUUACCUUUCCUGAGACUCAGUUUACCACUGUUACAGCCUAUCAGAACCAACAGAUAACAAAAUUGAAGAUUGAGAGAAAUCCAUUUGCGAAGGGCUUCAGGGACUCAGCACGAAACAGGGGUAUAUUGGAUGGGAUUCUGCAUUCAUACCCAUGGCACAGCCCUUUCAACCUUGAUUUCAAACCUUUUGCUGUGGAGCUGCAAGGCAGUUGUGAAUCUUCAGCAAGUCUCUGCAUCACUUCAACGCUAAAAGCCUUUUUGCCCAACCCCUGCUCUACAGUAGCCCAUCCCAUCACAUCAGGUCCAAAUUGCUUUCCUUCAAGCAAUUUUCUAACAUACAGAGCCUACUGCAACCCCGGCCUUGAUAGGCUCAGUGGUUACAUGGGAUUGCAUCCCCUGUUAGACCUUCCCUGCAAGUCUAUGCUGCAGGUAAAUCCUGCAGGAUUCUUUCAGGACAGAUCUUCCCAUGCUUCCUUUCCCACAUAUUUACACCAGCUGCACCUCUGGAGACUAUCAAGCUCAGAAUAACAAAAUGUUAUCUGCCAUUUUUU